CGUAGUUGGUCGUCGGUUUUUGUAGUGCGUUCUAAAUUCAAACUGUUCUUAAAAACUAUCAAAUAUUUAUCCUAAUAGACGGUAUUCUUAAGUUUUCCAACCAGUUACAAAGUUAUUUUAUUAUAAGUAAAAUUAUAAAAGUUGUUUAAAAAAUAUAUGAUUAUAUUUUAAUUUGUCAUUUAGUUUCUUAUUAACAUUUGGUGUUCUAAUAGUGGUAUUAGAAUAAAGUUAAUACUUAACGUGUUUGUGAAGUAUUAUUAUGUACAAGGCUGUAUGGAAUUGCGCCCCUGAUUUACAUAAUGGUACAUGGCUCUAGCUAGACAAGAUGGCGAUAACUGGUGACGUCAGGAUCACUCAAAAUGGCGGCCAGGAGAAUGUCAAAUUGCACCCAUAUUUGAUAUCUCUGGUGCGCUGGUGCGUAUCUCGCUUGUGGAGUACAGCCACGGUGGUCCUUCAUCGACUGAUGAUCAGACCCCAGUACCGGUCACUCACGGCAUUAAAAUCUCCACGGAGUCCAAAGAGACCCAGAACUGCUGGCACUGACCAUCUGCAUCCUGAGCCGAAGGUCGACUGCGUGGUACUGCAUCAGCCUGUAGACCAUAAGUUUGAUGUUAUUUUUGUACACGGUCUUUAUGGUUCCCUCGGUAACACAUGGAGACAAGGUGACUGGAGGCCGAAAUACAAAAUGGAACCAGAUAUUGUACCUCUAAUCGAUAGGAAUUUAACAAAUUGUGAAUGCCAAAAAAUAAAUGAAACUGGUCUAUAUGAAGGUGAAUUAAAUGAAACGAAUCUAUAUGAAAAUGAAUUAAACGAUGUUACAUUUAAUGAAUCUUUUUACGAUGACAUAAAAAUAAUACCCAGCGAUGACGUUUUCAUAACUGAAAAUUUCUACAACAACACUUUGUUGGAUCAAGUGGAAAUCGUUGACAAUUAUGAAGUACAAGCCGAAUUUGUAAGGGAUUUAUUUAAUAAGGAAAACAUUAAUAAUUGUGAUCAAUACGAAUAUAACAAUGAAACUGGUUUAAAUGAAGCAAACAUAUGUACAUUUAAUGAAGUUUACAUAAAUGAAAACAUUAAUGGUAAAUAUGAAGCUCAAAAUGAUAUUAAUCAUAAUUAUAAUGAAAUUGCAAAUGAAAUUCAUACGAAUGAUAGUAACUGUUGUAAAUGUGACAAAACUAAUGAAAAGAGAGUAAAUAUUAAUGUUAGUGAUAAAUAUGAAAAUAUGGAAACUGAUAUAAAUGAAAGUGAAUCAUGUAAUUGUAAAACAAAUGAAAGUAGGCGCUGUGAUGUAGGUUGUGGGUGUGUUUGUGAUGAAUGUUAUUCUACAUGUUGGCCCAAAGAUUGGAUAAAAGAAGAUUAUCCUAACGCUAGAGUUAUAUCGAUUAAUUACACGAGUGACCCCCAUCUGUGGAGACCGCUAUGGGUUAAAGAAAGUAAGAGGUUACGUUUACACGAGCGAGCGCAACAGAUGACAGAACAACUCUUAGCAUUAAAUGUGGGGGAGAAACCAAUCAUAUGGGUAGGACAUUCAAAAGGAGGCCUCUUCAUAAAGCAGAUAUAUUGUGAAGCAUAUGAAGCAUAUUUAAAAACUGAAAAAGAUUUAUUUAAAACUAAUAAUAGUAAUGAUGUAGAACAUAAUGAGACAGAAUAUUUAGAUAUGACUAAACAUAAUAACGACAACGAAAUAUACAACAUAAAAGAUUAUAAAGAUAAUAAAGAAGAAAAAGAAAUUACAGAAGAAACUGACAAAGAUUAUAAAACAGACUCUCAAAUAACAAAACUUAUUAAUGAUGUAACUGAACAAUAUUCUGAAAGGAGCAGCGUCUGUAAUGUAACAAAUGUUAAAGAAAGAAUGUGUAAAAGAAACGAAAAUGAACAAAUUAGAAAAGAUUUUGAUGGAGUUAGUGAAUCUGAUUUCAAAAUCAUUGAUCAAGAAAGAGGUAGGAUCUACAGUGUUACAAGCGUUAAUAAACAUAUAAUUGCAGAUGUUGAAAAUGCCAAUGAAGAUAAUGAAUUUGUUAAUAAUAAUAUACAUAUAGAAGUAAAUGUAGUAGAUAAUGAACUGAAUAAUAAUGUUAAAUGUGAUACAAUAGACAAUAUUGUAAGUGUUGAUGCAGAUAAAGAUGUUGUAAGAAUUGAUGAUCAAAUGAGGUCUUCAGAGAAUGAAGAAGAUCCUGAGUCGAGGAUACAUAGUCUGUGGUCCAACAGUGUAGGCUUCAUGUUCUACUCUGUGCCCCACAGAGGGUCCCCGCUUGCAGACUUCAAAAUGCCCAUCACGGCCAGGAGUAUAGAGCUACUGGAAAUAAGCAAAGAUUGCACCUUGGUCCUCUCUCUACAAGAACGAUGGCUGCGAGCGACCGCACCAGCUAAACCUGCAGUCAGGAGUCUGGUGGAAACCACACGUACCCUCAUGUCCAUUCUAUGGUUGAGAAUUGUCAGCAUUCACUCCGCUGAUGCCGGUAUUGGAGGAUUGUACGGCGUGUCGGUUGAUCAUAGGGAGAUAUGCAAACCUUCCAGUCGACACUGUAUGCUGUACAAGGAACUACUAAACCUUAUGAACACUGCACUUAACAAAUGUCGCUGUAAUUGAAAUUAGAUAGAAAGAAUUAAAAACCAAUAACAUUAACGUUAGAAAUACAUAGUAUGGGCGGAUCUACCAGAGGGAUUUUAGGCUGUAGCCCAGGGCACCGUGGAUAUAAAGGGACCCCCAGGUCCCACUGAAAAUAAGUGAUGAUAUAGAUAGACUUCUAUAUAUCGUUUAUUUGUUUGUUACUAAUCACACACAAAUACAAAUUCAUCAUCAUCAUCAUCGCAGCCCGGAAGACUUCCACUGCUGGACAUAGGCCUCCCCCAAAGAUCUCCACGACGAUCGGUCCUGCGCUGCUCGCAUCCAAUGCUUUCCCGCGAUCUUGGCCAGAUCGUCGGUCCACCUUGCUGGAGACAUGUUCUUUUAUUUAGAAUUUAAAAAACAGCAUCAGGGGUGGAUCUAUUUAAGGGCUUUUUAGGUUAUAGUCCAGGUCCCUGUGGAUACAAAGGGGCCCCUAGGUCCCACUGAAAAUAAUAGGCGAUAUUUAGAAAAAAAAUAUAUCUUACAUAACAAAAACUUUUAAAUACAACUUACAAUACAGACAAUAAACUUUACUCUUGAAUACUCUAUGACUAAAAAAUUUAUUAAAAUCCGUUGCAUAGUUUCAAAGAUAUAAGCGAACAGACAGCGGAAACGAUUUCAUUUUAUAUUAUGUAAAGAUAUUGAAAGUCGCAAAAUAAAAAAUGUUUUACUGCCAUCUAGCGUAUUUUUGAGGUACUUCUCUUUGUACUAUUUAAUAGUAGCCAAUUAGUGCGUUAAAAGUAUGCUAGAUGGCGCUAAAAGACAAAAUCACCUUUUUAUUUUCUAUCUUCUACAAAAGAACACUUGAAAUGAACCCUGGCGAAUCUUUGUCGCCCAAACAUUGGUGGUGGAAUGUAAUAAAUAAUGUUUAAGAAUUUAUAAGAAUAAUAUUGUAAAUAAAUGAUAUGAAUGUUUUUAUUGUAUCAAUAAAUUUGUUUAGUUUUGUUUUCA